CUUAGUUUGGUAAAUAGUUUGACCACGUGUCUACUUUACAAAAUUGUUUGUCAAUUAAACUCACUUUGGAAAAAAAAUCCAAGUGAUUAACCAUUGUGUAAUCGAAAUCACUUCCACCAAGGUGAGUAUCCCCUGUUACUCCUUUCACUUCAAAUACAUCUUUUUCAAUUCUGACCAGAUACAUCAAAAGUACCCCCACCAAGAUCGAAAACAAUCACAUUCCUCCCAGCUUCUCUCAAGUUUUUAUUCAGAAAAAAAAAAAGCGGAUAGAACCUACUGAACUUAUUCUUACCCAUUUCCACAACUACACACUUUCUAUCUCUCAAAAUCUGUAAAAAUGGAAGGGAAAGGAGGAGAAUGGCCGGCAAUAGGAAUCGAUCUCGGAACAACCUACUCAUGUGUGGGAGUUUGGCAGCACGACCAUGUUGAGAUAAUCACUAACAAUCAAGGAAACAGAACAACGCCAUCUUGGGUUGCAUUCACCCUAAAUGAGCGCCUUGUCGGUGAAGCUGCUAAGAAUCAGGCUGGUCUUAAUCCUACUAAUACUAUUCACGAUGUAAAGAGGCUAAUUGGUCGGCGGUUUACAGAGGAAACAGUUCAGAGUGACAUUAAACUCUGGCCUUUCAAAGUUAUUUCCUUCCCACAUAAAGACAAUAAACCUUUGAUUGUGGUCACAUAUAAGGGUGAAGAGAAGCAUUUUACUGCUGAAGAGAUAUCAGCCAUGAUCCUUAUGAAGAUGAAAGAAACUGCUGAGGUUUAUCUUGGUACAGAAGUAAAGAAUGCUGUCAUCACUGUACCUGCCUACUUUAAUGAUCUGCAACGACAGGCGACUAAAGAUGCUGGCACUAUUGCAGGGAUCAAUGUCAUGCGUAUCAUCAACGAGCCAACUGCUGCUGCCAUUGCGUACGGUCUUGAGAAGAAGGCUGUUGAAAUUAAAGAGGCUGCAAAAAAUGUUCUUGUUUUUGAUCUUGGUGGUGGGACUUUUGAUGUGUCUGUGGUACAUCUUGCUAAGGAUUCGUUUGAGGUUAAAGCCAUAAGCGGGAACACACACUUAGGAGGAGGGGAUUUUGAUAGCAGAUUGGUGAGCCAUUUCGUGGCUGAGUUCAAGAGGAAGCACAAUCAAGAUAUAAGUGGCAACCCAAGAGCUCUUGCAAGGUUGAGAGCUGCCUGUGAAAGGGCAAAGAGGACACUUUCGUCAACUACUGAGACUAGUAUUCAAUUAGAUUGCCUUUACGAGACUAUUGAUUUUUCUUCAACCAUUUCCCGUGCUCGAUUUGAGAAGUUGAACAUGGAUUUGUUCAGUGAUGUUAUGGACCCGGUAGAGAAGUGUUUGAAAGAUGCCAAGAUGGAAAAAGAGGAUAUUCAUGAGGUUGUUUGUGUGGGUGGAUCUACUAGGAUCCCUAAAGUCCAACGGCUCUUAAAGGAUUUAUUUCAUGGAAAAGAGCUCUGCAAUAACCUUAAUCCAGAUGAGGCUGUUGCCUGUGGGGCUGCCAUUCAUGCUGCAAUAUUGAGUGGCUUUCGGCAUAAAGGAUGCUUUUUGCUUGUAGAUAUCACUCCCUUAUCACUUGGCACUGAUAUUUAUAAUGGUGACAUGAGUGUCAUAAUUCCAAGAAACACCCCGAUCCCAACAAAGAUGGUGCAAAACUACAUUACUGCACGGGACAACCAGACUAUUAUGGGAAUUUCAGUGUAUGAAGGAGAGAGACUCAUUGCCAAGGACAACAAUUUCUUGGGUAAAUUUGAUUUAUGUGGCAUCAACCCAGCCCCGAAAGGUGUUGCUGCAGUAAUUGUGUCCUUCGAAAUUGAUGAAAAUGGUAUCUUGAUCGUGACAGCAAAAGAAAAAGGCACUACAAACAAAAAUCAAAUGACCAUCACUAACCACCGCGGGAACUUAUCAAGCAAGGAGAUUGAUUGGAUGGUGAAAGAGGCCAAGAAAUAUAGGGCAGAGGAUAUGGAGAAACAGAAGGUGGCCACAGCAAAGUUCAACUUGGAGAUAUAUGUCAGCAAAAUGUGGGAUAUCAUGAGUGGUCAAUUCUGGAAAAAGAUUGUGAUGCAGGACAAAAAUAUGAUUGAAGAUGCAAUUGAGCAAACAAUUCAAUGGCUGGAUUGGAAUCAUGAUGCUACUGAUACUUGUAAGUUCGAGGACAAGUUGACUGGGCUCAAGAACAUUUGUGACCCUGUCAUUGCUAAGAUGCACCAGAACGACUCCCAUCUGAGAGGUGAUCCCCAAAAUCGAGCCAAUCUAGACAAAACAAAUUAGUCAUACUCUGUAGUUGCUGGCUGCUACUUUUGCUUAAUUGGUUAGCUCUAUGGUUCUUGAAUUCUCAUGUAUCUAUGCGCCAUUGCCUGGAAUCAUUAUCUGAAGCUACAAGUACUAAUUUGAUGGCUCUAAAUUUAUUUUUGUCUUAACUCUCGUUUACAAUUAUGCUUCCAAGGGAGUCAUUGAAUCAAGGUUUACUAAAGCAUCUUUGGUUUCCUAGUUAAACAUGUAUUCAGCAA